AUGGGUUCCUUGCCAUUUCCCACCAAGACCGCAGAGGUCAAUCAUGACUAUGAUACCUACAUUGCGGGUGGGUUUGCCCCCUUGCCUAUGUUCAAGUAUGACCGCUUCGUGGCCCUGACAAGCGGAGGCGAGGCUGUUGACGCUGCGCUCAAAAUCGCCCGGAAGUGGGGAUGCCUCACCAAGGGUAUCGCACCAGACCAAUGUUUCAUUAUGAGUACCACUGCGUGCUACCAUGGCGUGGGUCUCUCUCCACUUUCUCUUGCCAGCAAGAAGAGUCCGCGGACAGUGUCGCCUUCGGGCCAGAUAAUACGGUUCGGAAACCUCGACGAUGUUAGACGGGCCUUCGAGGCCGAUGGCGACCGCAUCGCGGCAUUCAUUCUGGAGCCGAUUCAAGGCGCUUCCGGUGUUUUCGUUCCACCAGAAGAUUACCUUCCAGGCCUUGCCGGAUUGUGCCGAGAACACAACAUCUUGCUUAUCACAGAUGAGAUUCAAACCGGACUCGGCCGUUGUGGAUUCCCUCUCUACCACAUGAAGUUCAACAUAAAGCCAGAUCUCGUCAUCCUUGGUAAAGGCUUAGGAGGAGGACUUCACCCAAUCUCCGGAGUCUUGGGAAACAAUUCUGUGAUGGAGCUUCUUGAUCCAUACGAGGUCGGAUCAACAAUGGCGGCGAACCCGCCAGGGUGUGCUGCGGCACUGGCAGCACUCGAUGUCCUCGAGGAGGAAAACCUCGCGGCAAGAGCGACUGGGAUGGGCCAGGUCUUGAUUGACACAAUCAAGUCUCUAAACCCUCCACACGUCAAAGAGUAUAUGGGUUGCGGUCUCUUAUGGGCAGUUGUGAUUGAAGAGAAGCCGCCCAUGGUGACCAGCCGGCGGGUAGUGGCUCUGUUGACACAGCGGGGGCUCCUCGCGAACGCCAUCAAAGGGGGGCGAAUCAGGCUCUGCCCGCCUCUCAACAUUGAAGAGGACCUUGUAGUCAAAGGCGCGAAGAUGGUCGCACAGGCAUUAUUCGACGUCGAAAGCCACCCACUUGGUUUGCCAGGGGAGGUUGUGCCUUUGAAGUACGCCUAG